AUGAAGGCUUUGGUUGCAGUGGUCAUCAGCUGGUUAUUGGUAGCAAGCCAUGUGGUUGUCCAAGUGCUGGGCCAGUUGCCCACAGCGCCUCCGUUUGACUAUAUUCUGUCGCUUCCAGACCAAGUAGACGAUGUAACGACCAAGCAGUGUCGAUUGCGCAAGUCUUCGGCAGGUCUGCCCAAGACAGUGUACAAAGUGGGAGUGUUGGGGAAUCGGGGUAUUGAGACUUUAUACAAGGAAUACAACAUGACCUUUGAAACCUACUUGACGACUACGGCCGGCCAACGGUUUGAUCCUCCCAUUUCCUUUGAAAUUCAUCCCUUCUUGUUUGGAGAACAGGGCAUUCUCGACACGGCCGUCAGUGGCACGGUCGAUUUCACCUUUAUGAAUCCGGCGCUCUACUCGUGCGUCGAGUCGGAAGCCAACGCCAAUUCGUUGGUGACGCUCUUGAAUAAACGAGUCGUCAAUGGCGUCACGCACGGAUUGUCGCAAUUUGGGGGAGUGAUUUUUGUACGACACGACAAUACCAAUGUUCAGUCGGUAGCGGACGUGCAAGGCAAACGAGUGGCCACCACUUCGGCCACUAGUUUGGGAUCGGGACAAAUGCAGUUUCGAGAAAUGCAACAAGUGGGAUUGCAUCAAUUUCAGGACGUACAACAACUCAUUUUUAUGGAAUCCCAAGAACGCGUCGUUCACGCCGUUAUUCGAGGAGAAGUCGAAGUGGGAUUUGUACGAACGGAUCAAUUGGAACGGAGUUCCGAUCCUGAAACGGGAGAGCCAUUGGAUAUGAGUCUAGUCAGAAUUAUUCAAGAUCGAACCGGGAUUCCCAUGAACAAUGGAAAUCCCUUUCCGGUCGUCAUUUCCACCUAUUUGUACCCCGAAUGGCCCUUUGCCAGUUUGCCACAUGUCCCUUCCGACGUUACUCUCGAAGUCCAACGAGCGCUUCUCGAAAUGGAUACCAGAGCUUCCUUGGCGGCACCCUUGAGGGAAUGCUUUGCCGCCAAGGGAUGCAACGAUUUCCCACAAGUAUCCUUUCAACGCAGUCAAUGCGAAUAUUCCUGUUUUGCCGACCUCGACGAGGCCGUUACAACUUGCACACUGCCGACGUAUCCAUCCAUUGCCUUGUUGGCAGAUCAAGCCAUGAACAGUGCCAAAUCGUUUGGAUGGGUCCCCUCCAGUUCCUACAUGACCAUUCGCAAUAUGCAAGAAGAAACCGGCUUUAUUACCACCACGGACAGUGGGCAAAUACGAUGUCUUCGCACCACUGAAUUGGUCGAUGCCGUCACGUGUCCUCCGGGACACUUUAAACGAAGCGAUGACGAAAUUGUAAAUGGAUGUGCCACUGUCGGAUUGGAUUGUUAUGGAUUCCAAUGUCUCUGUUCGCCCUGUGUCAAGGCGUACGAUGUCGAUUUCUAUGCGGCGUCGACCACUAAUACGAAUAUUCGAAAGGGAGAAGGCAAGGACCAACAACAACAACAAACGAACAAUAAUAAUAAUACUGACACCAACCAUGGACCAGGAACCGGCUGUGCCAAGUUUGAAGUUUGUGGAGAAGUGGAACAAAUGGAACAAAUUACCUUUCGGAUUGUCGACAAUAAAAAGAGAGCCAACGCCGUCUUUACCGCCAAUGUGUUGAUAACGGAAGUGGGAGAAUUGUAUACCAUGACCCCACCCGACGUCGAGGACAACAGCAACAGCAGCAGUACCUUGGUCGUACGAGAAUUCGUGUUUGAUGGGACGGACCGUCCGGUUGGAGUCUUCAUCGUGCAAGUCUUUGUGGACGGGGAGCAAAUUCCAGAAUCACCGUUUCGGUUUCGAAUCGUUCGGAGAAACUGCGAAGAUGAACUGGUACCGGACCGCUUUGGAUAUUGUAUGUGUCCAGAAGGAAGUAUUCGAGUGGGAGACGCAUGUGUCAAUAGAUGGACCAUCACGACAAUUGCAAUUGCUGGGACACUGGCUCUCAUUGGAUUGGUCGCCUGGAUCGUAAUUGACCGCAAACAUCGGCAAAUGGAUGCCAUUUGGAAGGUGCGAAUGAAAGAGCUCGUCUUCGAUGAACCCCCUCGUGAAUUAGGAAAGGGGGCCUUUGGGGUGGUUCUAUUGGCAGAGUAUCGAGGAACACAGGUCGCGGUGAAACGAGUUUUACCCAAGCGUGCCGAAGGGAAACUAGGUUCUCGGGGGUCGGUAAAACUCGGCAAAACCAGGAACUCCUAUUUGCUCGACAGGUUGGAAAAGGGGGAAUAUGAUGCAUCUCAACAGAGGACUGAUGUUACAGCCAGUAUGGUGGGCAGUGUUACGAACUUGGCUUUUUUCAACCGCAAAACAGUGGGAUUGAGGAAAAUCCAAAGAGAUUUUGUCAGGGAGAUGAGAAUGCUAAGCAAACUGAGGCAUCCUUGUGUCGUUUCUGUGAUGGGCGCUGUAGUUUCUCCAAACGAGAUACCUCAGCUCAUUAUGGAGUACCUGGAGUUAGGGUCCUUGUAUGAUCUGUUGCACAAUUCAUCUACAGACCUGAGUGAGACCAGUUGCAACAUGCUUCAGGAUAUAGCGCAGGGCCUCCGCUUUCUCCACAGCGCUGAUCCGCCGAUUGUCCACGCUGAUUUGAAGGCUCAGAACGUGUUUGUGGAUAGACGGUUCCACGCCAAAGUUGGUGAUUUUGGGUUGAGCACUCGUGGCGUGUUCAAGCUGCAAGGAACUGUAGCAGGUUCUCCGCUUUGGAUGGCCCCCGAAUUGUUGCGCAAAGAAACAUGGAACACCGUGGAGAGCGAUGUUUGGGCGUUCGGAAUUCUGAUCUCAGAGAUGCUAACCCGCAAGGACCCUUUCCAUGGAGAAGAUAUAUGGGAAGUGCUCAAGGCCGUCGCGGAUCCAAAGGAAAACAAAAUGCCAUCAGUCGAGAGAGGAGUAUACCCUGAUGCGAAGAAACUCAUGUGGGCGUGCCUUCGAAAGAAACCCGAGGAAAGGCCCAAAGCCGAUGAAAUCGAUAUACGAGUCAAGCAGUUUGAGCAUGAAAAGUUCGCCAUGAACCAAAGUAGGAAAUCGACGAGGACGAGGAACACGGAAGAUUUGCUGUCGGAAUUAUUUCCCAAACACAUAGCGGACGCAAUGCGCGAAGGCCGUACAGUUGAACCUGAAAGUCAUGAUUGCGUCACAGUUUACUUCAGCGAUAUUGUCGGCUAUACCAACAUCUCUUCCGAGCUUACUCCGGAGAAAGUUAGCUCUUUAUUGCAUCGACUGUACUCAAAAUUCGACAACCUUUGUGAGGAUCAUGAUGUGUUCAAAGUGGAGACUGUUGGCGACGCCUACAUGGUCUGCGCAAACCUGACCAAUAAGCGCAACGACCACGUCGUGCGAAUAGCGAAUUUCUCGUUUGACGCGAUAAAGGCUGCUGCGGAGACUCGGAUCGAUGAAGACGAUCCAGAUCGUGGCAACGUUCAAAUUCGAUGUGGCUUUCAUAUAGGGCCUGUUGUAACUCAUGUUGUUGGUCAUAGAAAUCCUCGGUAUUCUGUAAUAGGAGACGUAGUCAAUACCGCUUCGAGGAUGGAAUCCAACAGUUUACCUAUGCAGGUCAAUGUUUCCAAGGUCACCUCUGACAUGCUACAAGAGGAGUACCCGGGGAUCGUCUUGUCCAGUCGGGGUGUCAUGAAUGUGAAAGGGAAGGGUAAGAUGGAGCUCUUCUGGGUUGAGCCACCGAAUCAAGUCACUUUUCGUGGGAGAAGAGAGAGCGCCAUUCCAGAGUCUCGACUGAGCGCCGAGACCGUCGAGAGCUUCGCGAACGAGGAGCCCGCUCCUGCAAAGUUCCGGCGAACCAGCACAAGAAGCACAGACGGCGGCAUAACGGCAAGGUUCCGCAGGAGUAGCACAAAGAGCAGCACAGCUAGCACAAAUAGCAAGAAGGUGCGAAUUAGUAGGGGCAGCACGCCGAAGGAGGGGGACCUGGCGCUUCAACGACGAUAA